AUGGGUUCCGAGACGAAUCCAUUUCGUCGUGCUGGCUUCCACAGCGCGAACAAGACUCAGUACGCUCCUGACAGCGCAGCACAUGCAUUGACGCCGCUACGCGCGCAUUAUCUGAAAAAGACGCUCGUGCGUCUCCAGUUAGAAAAAGAACUGGCACAAAUGCAGCAGCCAGACGCUCUAGAGCAAUUGGGACCGCCCUUUCGCACGCCAAAUCCUGUGCAACGUGACAAUCUGCCACUGAUCCGACACUUACUCCAUCAAUUUGUGCUCACGUUUCCCUUCUUCGAAAGCGCGCCACCCGAUUUUUUCCCUAACAAGGUACAGGCCUUUGUCGAGCGCAUGCUGGAACGUAACCUCAUUAUGAUCGAUCCUGUAAGGGAAUCCAAAUCUGCGUCCAUGGCUGAUAAAACGACAGCGUACCUGACCAUGCUCGUCAGCGGAGGUCUGCGUGCCAAGGGCGUUGAGGAGGAGAUCGUGCGUGUCAGCGGCGUUGAUCGCGAGCGCCUCUUCACCAUGGAUGCACAUCGGAUGGCGACGCGAAAAUCGUCGAGUGACAAAGGCACGAAAAUCGACAUUGUGUCUGUGCGCCGGACGAUCAGACGCGGCCACAUUCGGAACAAGACCUUGGAUGAGUUUAUCGUGAGCACGCGAGCUCACCAAGAAGAAAUCCAUGUCGCCCGUCGGUACAGCGAUUUUCACCGCCUCUACAAAGUGUUGCGUGCUCAGUUCCCUGCGCAGGAGAUCCCAGAACUACCACCCAAGGACAUGGCCGCCGUCGAAGUCAAUGGUGCGCUGCAACAGGAAGAUAGAGACGGCGAAUGGGUCGACAUGACCGCCGUCACACCCAAUGCACUACUCCGUGAACGCAAUCGCUUGACGCUCCGGGCAUUUUUGCGCCACAUUCUCGGUAUUCCUGUGCUGGCAGACAGUGAAGCGUUCCAGGACUUCCUCGUCCAUGACCCAACGAUUCUCACGAGUGAAGACAAGGCUGAUGCUCAUGCGCGACGCCAAGCAGACGCCGUUCGCGAGACAGAACUCAAGGAAUUUGCGGAUCAAAUGGCAGAGCGAGCUCGUAUUCUCCAAUCACACCUCGAUACGUUCAAGUCCAUGCUCCUGAAACCCGAUGGUCUGAGCCAGGUAUUUGCUACGAUUCGCUCCUGCCCCCAUGUCCAAGAUCUCCCACCCGAGUACAAGGUGAUUGUCGACUGGGCUACGGUUUCGAUGGCGUCAGGUCUUUUCACCAUGUUUGUGGCGCGCGAUUCAUCAUCGCGAGCAUUCGCACAUCUCAAGUACAUGCACUCCAUGAUGCCGUACUUUGUUGUGCGGGGCAUUCUGCGUAUAUCUAACCCUGUGGCCAUGAUGCGUUCUUUCCUUGAUUUGUUUCUUGCGCAGCCCUUUGGCCAAAAGAGUUUGUUGCAGCGCAUGUAUACCGGGAAGCUGCAUGAGGAACUUCAUGAAAUCAAAGAGCUCACACUCAACGUGCGGGCAAAGAUACCCGAUCCUGUGUAUGCCGACAAGGUAGAUGCUUUUAUUGCAUUAUCUCACGAAAUGCAAUGCCUAUUCUAUGAACAAGCUGAGGCUGAGGGUGUUGACGUCCUAGUGGUGGUUCUGCGCUCCCCGCUAGCCGCUGAACUCCAGCCAAGGCAAUUAUCCCGAAUAAAUCGGGCGUGCACUGCGUACCAAAAAUUCAAGAAACAGAGGGCACAUGCCAGAUCCCUCGGCCUCCCUGACGCUGAGCCAGAGUCAGACGACGCCUGGCUGCUCGAGGAUUUGCGUGUCUACUUGAGUUUGUGCUCUGCCAUUCACACCAAAGAGCAGAUUAUCAGUUUGAUCUACGACAAUGCUACAACAGAGUUGUUAAAAGAUAUGGUGACGAUUUUCUAUGCGCCCCUGGCUCAGGUGUAUCGCGUGGCGAAUGUGAGUGACACAUUAGGUGACGUACAAGUGUUUGUCAACGACCUAAUCAAAACGGUUGAAGAGAAUGCAUCGCUUCAUGCUUCAAAUCCAGACGCAGUGGUAUCGGCCUUUGUCAAUUUGGUGCAGCGUCAUCAACAGAAAUUCUAUCACUUUGUACAUCAAGUUCAUACGAAAGGCUCGGGACUGUUCCAGCGCCUCAUCCAUUGGAUUGAACUCUUUGUCAACUAUGUCCGUGAUCCUCGCGAAGCGAAAGCUUGUGGCCUCGGAUGGAUUGAUCUGGAGCAGUGCCUAGCUCUUAGCCAUGUGGAUCGAGCUUGUGUUAUGAAAGAAGUCGACGCGGUUAUCCAGCAUGUGUAUAAAUUAAAGCUGCAACGUGAACUGAAGCGGCGGCGCAAGUUGGUGAAUAAGGCCGUCGCUCGUGCUGCAGAUGAGCCACAGGAAGAAGAAGCUUUCAUCAAUACCAUGUCGGAGCAGUUCGGCUUUGGUUCCGGUUUGCAAGACGAAAUUGAAGAGCUUGACGGAUCCGAUGACGAGACAUCUGAUUCGGAUCCCCUAUCCUCAUCCGACGACGACUCAGGACCAGAAGAUGCUGAUGCUACUGCGUUGCGUCGAGCUCGCAUGAUGCAAGCUGAGCAACCGGCUGGAUCAUCACUCGUGGCGCCAACCACUCACGCUAUCAAGACCAUGCUCCCCACCUUCGUUCAGCUCAUUCUCUCCUCAUCCAAGUAG